AUGUACGGACUCGUAUUCCUGGCCGUCAAGGACCUGGUGCUGAGCAAGUUCUCGGACAAGGAGUGGGCCAAGAUAGUGGCGGGCGCCAAGUGCCCGUUCGAGUUCACCAUGGACCGGCCCUACGACGACCAGACCCUCUACGACAUCGUGGCCGCCGCCUCCAAGCAAAAUAGCGAAGCGAAGAGCAAAAAGAGAGAAGGGGAGCAAAAGAGCGAAGAGCGAGGCGAAUUGAGGGAUUGCAAAAGGGGAUCCCUCGCCACUGGUGAGCUUCGUGGCGCUGGUGCUCAUGGAAGACACGCGGUGCUGGGCAUGCCCGCCGAAGAAGUCGUGGAGCACGCCGGCUACUGGUUCAUGGUCUACAUUCGUAACAAGACCACGUACGGGCACCUGCUCGAGUUCAUGGGCGACAACCUGCCCGACUUUCUCAACAACAUCAACCGCCUGCACACACACCUCCUCAAGGGUGCCCACUUCCCCGAGAUCAAGUCCCCGAGGUUCCGGGUAUCGCGACGCAAGAAGGACAGCCUCGUGCUCCACUACUCGCCCGGCAAGGAGACCCGCCUGGGCCUCGCCCCUCUCGUCAUGGGCAUCGUGAAGGGAAUCGCGAUGGAGAUCCUCAAGCUGGAGCGGAUCAGCGUUCAACAGACCAAGACGCGAGAGCUCGACGGCGCCGACGUGUUCCAAGUCAACUGGAGCCCUCCGUUCGUGCCGGAGGACGAGCGCGGAGGGCGAACGUCGCGCGGCGAGUCGCCGCGAGCCGAGGGCUCCGGCAUCUUCCUCCAGUGCCCCGCCGCUGCCUUGGCCGCGUCCGGUGGCGCCGCUGGCCGCUCCUCCUCUCCAUCGUCGUCGGCGUCGGCGUCGACGUCCGACCUGCGGCGGUCGCGACCCCACCCCAUCGGCCUCCCGCCCAAGGGGCUCAGCCGGCUCUUCCCCUUCCACAUCGUCUUCGACCGCGAGUGCCUCGUCCAGCAGGCCGGGCCGUCGCUGCAGCGGAUAGUGGGGAUGGAGGCGGGGGACCACAUGUCGCAGUACUUCACCAUCACGGAGCCCCCGUCGCUCUCGUUCGCCGCAUUCCGGCCGCUGUACCUCAACCGGAAGGUGGCGCCCUUCACGAUCGUGCACGACUACGACGACGACUACCAGCUCACCCUCCACGGCGAGAUGGUGUGGUGCAAGGCCAAGCAGGUGAUGUGCUUCGCCUGCACGCCCGUCCUCGCCUCCCUCGAAGAAGCCAAGUACGCGCACGUCGACUCCAGCCAAGACGGACUCCACAGGCCGCUGACCGCUGUGUACCUGGGGAUCGACAUUGCCGAUUUCUCUCUGUGCGAUCAGGCGCAGGCGCGCCUCCUCACCUCGCACGCCCAGCUCAUGGGGACGACGGAGGAGUCCACGCGCAAGGAAAAGAACAGCGACCGCAAGCAGAACAUCUUCAAGACGUCGCCGCGGAAGAAGCCCGAAAAGAUCAUCAAAACGCCCACCACGGAUAAGAACGGCGACGGGGCCAAGCAUUCCCACCGGGGCGCCAACCGCGAAGCCGCGGCCCCCGCUGACGUGCCUGCCUCGCCGAGCAGCCAAUCGGGCAAGGGAGUGCCCCGGCUGGGCAUCGGAGAAAAGGCCGAGGAGGCGGAACACGACCUCGACGAACCCUCGGAGGAGGGCCUGCCGGUGCCGUCCCAGAGCUACCACCGCAUGCUCAACGCCUUCACUGAGAUGCUGUUGGAGGACUCGUGGGACCAGUACGUGCUGGUGCGCACGCUGCUGCGUCUGGAGAUGAGCGGAGACGACAGCCGGGCCGUGCGGCAGGUGUUCGAGGCCGUGAUGAACUUCUACGCCCAGAUGGGCAAAGUGCAGAACCUGCUCCUCGUCGUCAUCUUCGACGAACUCAACCUCGCCGCGCCCUCCUCCUCCUCCGCAUCUGGCGGGUCUGCCGACCCCGGCGCCGAGCAGCAGGCGGCCGUGCUCUUCCGCGAGGACAGCGUGGGGCUCCGCAUGCUCACCACAUUCCUCAACCAGGAGGGCAAGGCAUACUUGGAAUUCCUCACGGCGCCCCUGCUGCACGCCGCCUCCGCGCUCGAAUCGCCGAUCGAGUUGGAUCCGGCCCGCAAUCCGUCGGCGCAGGACCGGGAGCAGAGCGCGAGGCGGGUGCUGGAGAUGGCCCAGGCCUUCCUCGUCCACGUCUGCGCAUCGGCCCACCGCUGCCCCCUGUCGGUGCGGCGCGUGCUGGGCCAGGUGAGCGCUGAGGUGAAGCGGCAUUGGCCGGAGAUGCACGUGCAGGCGGUGGCCAACCUGUUCUUCCUCCGCUUCCUCUCGCCGGCGCUCGUGGCCGCGGGCGUCAACGCCGGCGGCAGCGGCGGCGGGCAGCACCGGGUGCUGAUGCUGGUCUCCAAGUGCGUCUACAGCCUCAUGAACGGGAUCCCGUUCGGCGACAAGGAGAGCUACAUGGCCUCCAUGAACACCUUCAUCUCGCCCCAGAACCUCGCCCUCGUCCAGUCCUUCAUGCGCGAACUUGUCGACGAGGAGACGAUGUCUCGGGCGCCGGUGAGCGUGACGCCUCGCGGGAGGUCGGCGGGCGGGAGACUCUACAACGUGGUCACGUGCGUGGGCGUCAUCAAGCAGGCCCUCCUCACCUCCCUCCCCGGCCUAUGGAAGCUUGCCAGCGACAAGCCGCCGCUGCAAAAGAAGCUGCAGGGGCUCCUCUCCGUGGCUCUCUGCGAUAUCCCGUCGGAGCCCUACUGA